CUUUGACGUGGAACUACGAUUCGCUACUUUCCUUUGAUUUGCAAUGUCUGUACCUGCCUAUCAGCCCUUCUCUCCACUCGGUAUUCCGCAAAAGCAGCAGGAAAAGACCCAAUAUUCCCCAUGGAACCCCAUGGGCUGGUACAGCUCCGUUAAUUCCUACAGACAGCGCCUCAACUUGCCCAAUCCCGGCAAAUUUGAGAGACUGCACUUUGAAACAAAAGACACUUUCUUGACCAACUAUAUUUUCGAUGGUGCACAAGCCAACAUUAUUAAGGAGCUCUCCGGAAACUUCCAUGUUCAACAUCAGUUCUCCCUUGGCUCUCAAGUUGCUCCCCCAAUGUAUAACUUCAUGGCUGGUUAUACUACCGAGAGAACCAUGAUGCAAGGUACUAUGGACAAUGAUACCAACAUGAACGGUACCAUUAGACACAUGUGGAGCCCUAGCUCAAUGACCAAGAUUGUUGGACAGUUCACCAAUACCCCUGGACACUCCAUGAUUCAAUUGGAACAGGAUUAUAUUGGAACUGACUUCUCUGCCAACGUCAAGGCAAUGAACCCCAGUCCCUUGGAAUUUACUGGUAUCUAUAUGGCAUCAUACCUUCAAUCCCUCACCUCUAAUUUUGCUGUUGGUUCGGAAUUCGUUCUCCAACGCCCUACUACCGAGAUUGAAGAGUCUAUGAUGUCCCUUGUGGGCAAGUAUACCGGCAAAGACUUCGUCGCUACUGCCCAAUUCCAGGGUGUUGGAGUUGUUCAAGCUACCUACUAUCAGCGCAUCAACGAGAAGGUCGACUUUGGUGUCGAGCUCAACUUGGUUGCUCAAGGUGGCAGACGAGAAGCCGUUGCUACUGUUGGUGGUAAAUUUGAUUUCCGACAAGCUACUUUCCGUGGACAAAUCGAUACGACUGGUCGUACUUCUGCUGUUUUGGAAGAAAAGAUGGCACCUGGUUUCUCCUUCCUUGUGAGCGGUGACUUGGAUCAUAUGAAGGGUCAGAGUAAAUUCGGUGUUGGUAUUAUGCUAUCUGCUUAGAAGAAAAAACCUAUCUCCUUCUUUUCUCCCUUUUCCCUCUUGUGUAUUAUUGCCACUUGCUUUGUGAAAAAAGUCCCAAUUUUUUUCGAAUAUAUAAAAGACAUACAAGCACUUGAUUUAGACAAAUACAUAAUCCUGCGAAUGUGCAUCUAUGGACUUGCAGAAGGGGAUGAUGCCUGAGUUGUAAGCUAAUGUAAGGCUUAUCGGUGGCAAUUCGCGGGAAAUCCAAGUGAACGGUGCCGGUAAGACGUUAUAAGUUUACGUUGAAGACGAAAUGUCAUUCCACAGAUGAAUUAACGUCUGUUUGGCUUGCGAAUGAUAGCGAGGUAGUUUGAGAAUUAAGUAUGGGGAAGAGAGGUU